UGCAAAAUUAAUUUAUACUUUAUAAUGGGAAGCGUACAGUUCCAAAGUGGAUUAUUUAUUUUCUUCAUAAUUGGCUUAUUCUCAACUUUAACUAUCAGUCUUCCACUUCACCACGACAAUCGCACUGCUUUUGCUAUGGAAAUUUUUAGUACCGCAGUACUUGAACGUACCAACAGAAAUGUUAUUAUAUCUCCAACCUCACUUGAAACGUGUCUUGGACUUGCAUACUUUGGAGCUAAUGGAAAAACCGCUGAAGAAAUGCAUGAAGGACUAAAAUUAACUACGAAUGACAAAAAGAUCAUAAGUCAACACUAUCGAAACCUUAUACAAAGUAGACUACAAAGCCCAUCAAAUGGUCCAGCACUUAAAAUAGUGAAUCGUAUUUAUGCAAAUGAGACCCUGGAAAUUAAAAGUGAGUUCAAUGAGAUUGCCUUAAACUAUUUUCAAGCCGCAGUGGAGAGAGUGCGUUUUGCCGAUUCUGCAAAUACGGUUGUAAGGAUCAAUAAUUGGAUUGAACAGGAAACGGAAAAUAAAAUUAAAAAUUUGUUAAGAAGUGACGAAGUAAAUCAAAACACUACUGCAAUACUAGUAAAUGCUAUAUACUUUAAGGGAAAAUGGGCAAAUCCUUUUACGAGAUUUACAACACAAAAAAAGAAUUUCUCCAUUAAUACAGAAGAGAUUGUGCUCGUUGAUAUGAUGUAUAAUGGUGAUAGAUUUAAGUAUGCUGAAUUGAUGGAUCUUGAUGCAAAAGCUUUAGAAUUACCUUAUAAUAACUCAGACGUAUCUAUGCUGUUUUUAUUGCCUCAUCGUAUCGAUGGUUUAGCAGAAUUGGAACGGAAAUUAGCUGGUAUUGACUUUGGAGAAAUUGCAGCGCAAAUGAAGUGGGAAAGCGUGGAUUUAAGUUUACCUAGAUUUAGAAUAGAAUUUAGUAUUGAUCUUAAAGAUACACUUAAGAGGUUAGGUAUGGUUAGCAUGUUUAAUAAGGAUGCUGAUUUUAGUAAUCUGUAUAAAUCGAAUACGUCAUCCAAAAUUUCACAAGUAAAACAGAAAGUCUUCUUGGAUGUUAAUGAAGCCGGCUCUGAGGCAGCAGCUGCUACGUUUGUCAAAUUUUAUUAUAAGAGCUUCAAUCCCGAUCAUAAAAUCUUUCAAGUCAAUCAUCCAUUUGUGUUUAUUAUACGCUCCCCGGAAACAAUAUAUUUUUUUGGUCAUGUGGUACAGAUUUAGGUACUGUAUC